UUUUCAUUUAGUUCAUUUUCAGAUGCCAAACAAACAAGUGAUAUCGCGAACUCACUCGUAAAUGCUACGAAAAAAAAUAUUUUUUAAAUAAAAAUAAAAGAUAAUAAUAACCGAGGGGGAAAAAAAAGCGAAAAAAAAAUAUUAUAGCAUUCGGGCUAAUAAAAGAAAAGAAAUUUGGCGGGCUUGAAAUCAGAUAAAGCAAAAUCGUGUGACAAGAAAGUAAAUUGAGAAUAAAUUUAUUUAAUUUUUUUUGAUUUUUCCAAUUGAAAAAACGUGACGUGUAUUAAAAUCUGUUUUAAAAUACAAAAAAAAAAAAACAAAUUAAAUAAAAGCGCAUACGACAAUCACGAAGAGGAAAAAAAAUUCGGUUAAAAAAAAAAACAAAAACAUGUCAAAUUCUUGUUUUAUAUACGCCUUUCUCUUACUAACCGCUUUAUGCCUGACGACAACAGCUCAAGAAAUUCUAAGAUGCUGGCGUUGUUCGACUGACGUCUCCAAUGGUGAAUUUUGUAACGAUCCUUUCAAUCCGAAUUCGAUAUCAGAUCAACAGCGCUAUUGGAGUUAUGUUAAUUGCACUUAUUCAGCGGGCGUGAAAUCCGUGAAUGCGCGACCAGUGUGUAAAAAAUUAGUACAAGAAGUCUAUGGGAAACAUGUCAUUACCCGGUCUUGCUUCUACGAGGACAUGGAUGAUCCGGCUGAUAAGUGUGCCCGCGACACCACCUCAUCCUACAUAAAGACCACAUUUUGUGAAACUUGCAAUUCGAACGGUUGUAAUGGUGUUGGUGAUCUAACACCGUACGUGACGUUAAUUUUAAUAUCCGUUCUAUUAAUGAAGUUCAUUAAGUGAAUAAUUAAGAAAACAAAAAUA